AUGUUCGAGGAAGCCACUACCUCAAAGUCCAGUAAAUCUAUAUUUCCAAAAGAUCCAUUUACAUCAAGGCGAUCCAAACGUAAUCUACUGCGUCACGUAUCUGAUAGUUCUCUAUCAUCUCCCAAUGAUUCGUCUCAGCAAUCAACCCACAGACGAUUUGUGACAUCAUCUGGUUUUGACUACCCUAUAAAUGAGGUCGGAUAUGAUAUAUGUACUUCUUGUUUGAAGCCAAGUGAAUUAGAUCACUUGGACCUUUGCAGAGCGUGUGCGGAUAUGCUAUUAAGCCAUCACCUGGACAUGAACGGAGAUUCGAACGAGGUGGAAAUUCACGAUUGGGAAAAAAGUAGUCCUAUAGUAAUUGAUGACGAUGACGACAUUAAAAGGUCAAGAACCCCGAUAUUAAUCGAAGACAACGAUUUUGUUAGUGUGAGUCCGAUAAUCAUUAGAGAUGAAGACUACAACAGGAGAGAGAGAAGCGACUUUUAUGUAAGUGAUUCUCCGAAUUACUGGUGGGAAACUAGAGAUGAAAGUCCGCCCAGCUCUAGAAAUUUCGACUUUUCUUAUCUUGACGCGUCAGUAGAGGACUUUCCCGUACAGGAACGUGGCACCACCGCGCUUACAGAUUGUGCAAUAUGUUGUGAUAGUCUACCACUCCGUAAUUUUACGCUUUCGACGACUAAAUGUAGCCACUCCGCUAGCAUUUGUCGUGCAUGUUUGAACGAAUAUAUAAUACGCGAGAUAACAGAUAAAGGGAACAUUAACAUCCGCUGUCCUGAUACAGAGUGUCAAAUGAUAUUUGCUCAGGAGGACAUUAGAGACAUUGUAGAUGAAGAUGUCUUUUUCAGGUUUGAGGCCUUGUCGCUUCGUUUUGCGCUCCAACAGGUCCCUGAUUUCCGAUGGUGCAAGAACGGAAACUGUCCAGCGGGCCAAAUACAUGAGGGAGGACUCUCCGUUCCCAUAAUGACUUGCACCGCCUGCAAUGCUCGUAGCUGUUUCGUACACGAUCUACCUAUUCAUUCAGGUUUGCAGUGCGACCAAUGCAAAGCCGAAGAAGAUGAGGCAAAUGCCGAAAAGGAGGAGGCCAAUAAAAAAAAGGCUGAGAAGGCUUCUGAAGGGUUUCUUCAACAGCAGACGAAGCCUUGCCCCAAAUGUAAAUCAAGAAUUAUUAAAAACGGAGGAUGUGAUCAUAUGACAUGCAAAGCACCAAACUGUAGACACGAAUUCUGUUGGGUGUAA